AUGCAUCAGAUUUACAGCUGCAGUGAUGAGAACAUUGAAGUUUUCACCACCGUGAUUCCUUCUAAGGCAGCCAGUCCAGCCAGAAGAAGAGUCAAAAGCUCUCAGAUCCUGAAUAAGAAUGUGGUGAUUGAGUCUGACCUCUACAUGCCCCGGCCCCUGGAGCUGCAGUCACAUCGCAGUGACUGUCUCCACUGCCUGGACAGCGAGGCCCGCAGGUUUGGCCGGCUGCAGACUGCACAGCAGCAAGGACCCCAUUCAACAAAAAACCCUGCCAGGCCUGUGCGGCUUUCUGAUCCCAAUUCAUCCAAUCUGUGUGGGAACCGAGCAUAUGGAAAAUCAUUGGUUCCUCUGGUCCCCCGGAUUUCUGUGAAAGCCCCAGCGGCAGUGGGGGCAGCAGCUACAGGCCUGGAGAGCAGUUCUGUUAAGACAAAGGGAUCCAGAUAUCUCAAAAAGAUGACUGAGGAGUACCCCGCCCUUCCCCAAGGAGCAGAGGCCUCUCUACCGCUGACCGGAAGUGCUUCCUGCGGUGUGCCCAGCAUCCUCCGGAAAAUGUGGAUGAAGCACAAGAAGAAAUCGGAAUAUGUUGGAGCAACCAACAGUGCCUUUGAGGCUGACUAA